CACAACUCAGCGCAACUCAGCAUUUCUGUUUAAAUCGGCCGGCCGGUAAAAAUUUCCAGUGAGUAACGCGACCGGCCGCGGCGUGUGUUAACGUGGUAUUUAUAAAUAGUUAGCAUUUUUAAAAACCUCAAUCAAAAUGAAGGGCGACAAAAAUGUAGACAUCCAAGCGCUGAAGGACAUGGCUAACAAACUGAGAAUCGACAGCAUCGUCGCAACAAAUGCUUCCAAAUCAGGGCACCCGACAUCAUGCGCGUCGAUGGCAGAGAUCAUGUCAGUGCUGUUCUUCCACACCAUGCGGUACAAGGUCUCCGCGCCCCGCGACCCCUCCGCAGACCGCUUCAUACUCUCAAAGGGGCACGCGGCGCCCAUCCUAUACGCGGCGUGGGCUGAGGCGGGGCUGUUCCCGGUGUCGGAGCUGGCCAACCUGCGCAAGCUGGACUCCGACCUGGAGGGGCACCCCACGCCGCGUCUCAGCUUCAUCGACGUGGGCACUGGCUCACUGGGCCAGGGGCUGGCCGUCGCCGCUGGCAUGGCUUACGUCGGCAAAUACUUCGACCAGGCGCCCUACAGGGUGUACUGCCUGGUGGGUGACGGGGAGGCCGCGGAGGGCAGUGUGUGGGAGUCGCUGCACUUCGCCUCGCACUAC